ACCCACCAAUUUUCCCUCCAUUCACAAAUAAUAAAUAAAAAAAAAAAAAAUCAAUUUUUUAAAACCAGUGUUCAUUCAUUCAUUCAUCUCUCACAUAAACAUUAACACUGGACCAUUUUUUUUAUAAGCCACCACCCUCAACCACCGCUACUACCCUCUCUUCAUUCACAUUCAUAUUCAUAUUCAUAUUCCUUCAUUGUAUGUAGCAAAAUAUAGCAGCACCUUCGAUUCAACCCGUUGAGCAUUUUCCACCUCAUUCUUUGUUUCAGCAGAAUGAUAGAUUGCACAAAAUGGUUAUGCCUUCUAUUUUGUGUACUUCUAUUGCUGAAGGCAGAAGCUUCUUAUGUUCCAAUCACUUUUGUCCAGAAUGCGGUCACAAAAGGAGCCGUUUGUUUGGAUGGGAGUGCACCAGCUUACCAUCUUGAUAGGGGAUUCGGAGAAGGGAUAAACAAUUGGUUAGUUCAGUUUGAGGGUGGGGGAUGGUGCAACAAUGUUACUACUUGCCUUGGUCGAAAGAACGGUCGUUUAGGUUCAUCUAAGAAAAUGGCCAAGCAAAUUGCCUUUUCAGGGAUUUUAAAUAACAGAAGAAUUUUUAAUCCAGAUUUCUACAAUUGGAACAGAGUCAAGGUUAGGUACUGUGAUGGUUCUUCAUUUACUGGUGAUAAGGAAGAAGUUAAUCCAACAACUCAAUUGCACUUCAGAGGGGCAAGGGUUUUUGCUGCUGUCAUGCAGGAUUUACUUACAAAAGGAAUGAAAAAUGCUCGAAAUGCUAUCAUAUCUGGAUGUUCAGCUGGAGGAUUGACUUCGAUAUUGCAUUGUGAUCGCUUCCGAGCUCUAUUGCCUGCAGGAGCUAAAGUUAAAUGCCUUUCAGAUGCCGGUUACUUUAUUAACACACGGGAUGUCUCUGGAACACAACACAUUGAACAAUUCUUCAGUCAAAUUGUUGCAACACAUGGCUCUGCGAAGAAUUUGCCUCCGUCCUGCACUUCAAGACUUAGUCCAGGGCUGUGCUUCUUCCCACAGUAUUUGGUAUCCCAAAUCAAAACACCAAUCUUCUUUGUGAAUGCAGCAUAUGACUCAUGGCAGAUUAAGAACAUUCUGGCACCAGGAGUUGCCGAUCCUGAAGGCCAUUGGCAUAGCUGCAAACUUGAUAUAAAUAACUGUUCACCUGAUCAACUUGAAUUAAUGCAAGGGUUUAGGACACAGUUCCUAAGGGCACUGACUGUGUUAGGAAACUCUCCAUCCAAAGGAAUGUUCAUAGACUCAUGCUAUGCCCAUUGCCAAACUGAAAUGCAGGAAACAUGGUUCAGAACUGACUCUCCCCUGUUGAACAAGACAACAAUUGCGAAGGCUGUAGCAGAUUGGUUCUUUGAACGAAAGCCUUUCCGGCAGAUCGAUUGUGCUUACCCUUGCAAUCCCAGCUGCCACAACCGUGUCUUCGAACCACAAGACCAACCAGAAAAAAAUGUCACCACCAAAGGAACUUCAGAUGCAUCAUCAAGAAAUCCAAAUCCAUGGUUCCCAAAGUUAUCAAACAAGGGAAAACGGAUGGAGCUUUUGUGCAUCAAACAAUGGAUAAGUGGCCUUCUUCCAACCUUGCUUAUUCUGAUUGUAAAUAAACUACAGACAGAAAACUUCAUAGUUGGAUACAUACAAUAAUUAAUGUAAGCUUGAAUUAUC